UUGCGCAGUCGCAAUGAUGAAAGCGUUCGUGAAACACCGCCAUUAUUGCGUAGCUAGUCUGACUAUUGCAUUGUGUUAGCGACCUAAACAAAAAUUACCUGCAAUAAUGAGGGAAAUUGUGGAAUUUUGUGGGAGUAAGCCCAUAUAGUGCGCGCCGUUUGCAUAAGGUGCCUUUGACCAGCUCAAGAUGUCCGCAGAGAUGCUCAGCAUUCCUCUUGGCACGAGCAAGCUCAAUGUGUUGGUGACCAAACUGCAUGGGUUCUUGGCUCAUGCUCCAGAGGAAGAUGACGACACACUGGUGACUGAAAGUCCUGAGGGUAUAACGAACAAGGACUGUGUGGAGCCACACUCAACAGACCGAACCUCCAUUGAGACCUCAACAGACGCCUUGAAGCAGUCCAGAUGUGGUUCCAGGAGAAAACCUUCCGUUGUGAUUAAACACAGUGGACUGGAUGUAUCUGGUGCUUCAAAUGAAAGUGAUGAUGACUGCUUGAUCGUCAAUUCAAACGGUUAUCCUGAUGUAACAAGAUUGCCUAAAGGGACUGCACUGGUGAGGCCUGAGCCGGUAGAAAAUGUCAGAGAUGACUUCCGAGGUACAGAAUUCCUUUGUGGAAAAUCUGGUAAUCUGAGGAGAGUUUUUUCCAGGAGACGUGGAGGAGGUGAACACUUGGAGAUUGUUAGCUGUACAGCCUGUGGCCAGCAAGUUAACCACUUCCAGAGGGACUCCUUCAAUCAGCAUCCGGUACUCAAAGUACUUAUUUGCAAGUCUUGUUUCAAGUAUUACUCAAGUGAUGACAUCAGCAAGGAUUGUGAUGGCAUGGACGAACAGUGCAGAUGGUGUGCAGAGGGGGGAAACCUGAUCUGCUGCGACUUUUGCCCCAACGCCUUCUGUAAGAAAUGCAUUUUGCGUAAUCUGGGGCGAAAGGAGCUGUCUGGCAUCCUAGACGAGGAGAGUAAGUGGUACUGCUACGUAUGCAGCCCAGAGCCUCUUCUGGACCUGGUCGUCGCYUGUGACAACGUCCUUGACAACUUGGGGCAUUUGUGGCCAGACCACCGCAAGAGGGGCAGAGGCGAGGGAAAAUCUGGACAUUAUGACUCCCAUCCAAGGCAUUCUCAAAACAUUCCCGUGGGUCAUUGGAACCAUAGUGGCAUGGAUGGUCACGUUGUGUUCAACUACAACACCCUUCAAAUUCCAGAGGAGAUGGCCAAAAAGGCWAAAAACCUGGUGGACUCUACAAACACCGUAAACACAACUUUUGUGAAGUUUAUUCAAGGUGGCAUGCAGCAGAAACAGACAACCGAGUUAAAGCUACAAUACCUGAAGACUUUCCAGUCAGUACUGAAGGGUCUGAAGAAGUCUCAGACAGCUCUGGAGGAAGCCCUUUUGGAGGAGUUCAGAGAGAUGGGUUUGCCAAAUGGUGGUGAAAACCCCACGUUUGAUGAUACUGAUGUACCUCAACAAGAACAAGAGGGUUGUGUGGAAAUGGACAUUGUUGAUAAAAAUUGCCUGCAUUUCUUAAAGAAAAUUGCAGCUGAACAUUUGGAAGAUAAUUAUUCAGACUCUAAGGGCUUUACGGAUGAUGAAAGGCCUUCGUCCUCAAGUGAAAUGAAAGGUGUCCUUGGCACAGAGAUAAUGCCCCGUCGAGGUAGAGGCAGGCCACGGAAAAACUCUAAACCCGGAGAAGAUCCUUCCAACAUGACAAAACAACUGGUGGUGCAACUUACACCUGUCCCUGUUGAAAAACAGCCACCCUCUGGCCCCCCAGAGUUGGAGGUGGAGUUGGAGGAGAAAAAGGAGUUGGAGGAAGAAAUAAAAGAAAAAGUGGAUGAACGUAAGGGAGACUGUGAAUCUAUUGAACCUGCAACAGAAGGGGAGUAUGAAUCUGCUGAGGAGGGAAACGAAUCUCUGGUGCUGGAACUGGAAGAUGAACCAGAGAAUAGACGCUCACCUCGGGUAAAGACCACGCCCUUACGCAGGCCAGGUGAGGGCAAGACCAAGUCUACCCCCUCAGGCGCUGACAGUGAGGGUGACUUUGACCCUGACACCAGCCCCAAUGUUGAAGUACCUCAAGGAGCUGAUGAGGAAGGGCUUGGAAKAGGAAUUGAAGACUCGGACUCCGAUGAGGUCCCUGCUGUCCUUCAGCGGGCAGCCAUGGCUCACAGUUCAGAUGAAGCCAGGAGUGACGAUGGAGACCUUCGGAGCGUGACCAAGAAAUGCCUCUUCGGCCUGAAGAAGAACACUCCCCUCUCUCCAGAAAGAGUGGUCCGCAAACGCAAGGUGCAAGACCGCUCCUCUGACUCCGACUCCUCCAGUGACAAUCCAGACCWGCAGAAGGAGAUCAAGACUAUGAGCAGGCCCAGGGGGAGGCCUCGGAAGGUUAAGAGAGAGGAUGAACCUACCCCCAGCAAGGAUAGUCCACAACAUAGGCCCCCGGGCAGACCUCGGAAGGUCAAGACAGAGAAUGAAUCCGCAUUCAGCAAGGAGGGUUAUACCCAGGUAACCAAGCCUAAAAGCACACCUCGGUCCCAGCAGGGAACAAAGCAGUCGCCAUCCUCUUCCAGUCAAGAAGAGGGAGACCAGGAUUCUGAGUCUAGCGAUGACAGUGGUGACCAGAAGAUUAAGCCUAUCACUGAGGAGGUGGCCUUACUGGGGUCAGCAGCUUUCCACCAGUCGUCUGGCGAUGAAGAGCAGACCCGGUCUGGGCCUUCUUGGGAAGCAGAAGAUGAUGACGAUCCAGAAAAUAGAAUCGCUAAGAAAAUGCUCUUGGCCCAAAUCAAAGCCAACUACUCAUCGGGGGAGGAUUUCUCUUCAGACGAGGAGUCAUCACAGGAUGAUGAAUCUGACAGGGAAGAGAAGGCGCAGGAAGAUGGGAAAGAUGAAAGCUCAGAUGAGAAUGGGCAGACCUCCAGUUUGACCUCUGACUCUGGGUCCAGUAAAACUCGUCACAGACACUGUCUGCUACGCCACAAGCUCAGCCUUGACGAUGGAAAUCCAAGUGAUCAGAAAACAGCUGAAGAAAAUGGGAACGAGCAGAAAGUCAAGAAGUCUAGAAGAACCGAAGGUGAGACAUUGGAGAGCCAGAGUAGUGAUGAUAGCCUAUCAGAGCAGGAAGAGUCUGGUAUGAGUGAAGAGCUGAGCCAAUCUGAGAAUGAGGGCAAUGAACAGAAGCCCAAAAGCUCAUCUACCUCUAGAGUCGAGAGAGAAUCAGUCCGUAGUUAUCUACAGAAGAAGCAGCAACCCUCAUAUAUUGUGCUGUCUGACUCCAGCGUCGAUAAGCGUUGUUGUGCUGGUGACCUCCGGAUCUGUCUAUCUAAACAGAGUGAAGAUGACGAGAAGGACGGAGAGGAAGGUGACAACAAAGGUACACCUAAGGGCCGCAAGAAGAUCCGCAGAAUCAUCAUAGAUGAGCACCUCCGCUCAGAGACCCAGAGAGCCCUGAAGGAGGAGGAGGAUAGAUGCAGACGCCUUGCAGAAAGAGAGCAGAGGGAGGACUUCAGAGAGGUGAUUGUUAUUGACGAUGAGGUGUCUCAAGUGGCCUGUCCAAUCACCACUAAGCUGGUCUUGGAUCAGGAUGAGGGGACCAGGGAGCCACUCAUUCAGGUGCACAGGAACCUGGUGACCAGGCUCAAGCCUCACCAGGUGGAUGGUGUGCAGUUUAUCUGGGACUGUUGUUGUGAGUCAUUGAAGAAGGCCAAUUCCACCCCUGGAUCAGGUUGCUUACUGGCCCACUGCAUGGGCCUAGGGAAGACACUGCAGGUGGUGACAUUCCUCCACACAAUGCUGCAGUCAAAGUGCCUGAACUUCAGGACUGCCUUGGUGGUGUGUCCACUCAACACUAUCCUUAACUGGGUCAACGAGUUUGACAAGUGGCAAGUUAACAUGGGAGCUGACAAAGUCAAGGUGACAGAGUUGGCAACAUUGAAGCGACCUCAGGAGCGUUAUAUUGCGCUGCAGAAAUGGCAGAAGGAUGGUGGUGUUAUGAUCAUGGGCUAUGAGAUGUACCGCAACCUCACACUAGGCCUCAAAGUCACCCACAGACAAUUCAAAAAGACCUUUAACAGCACACUGGUCGAUCCAGGUCCAGACUUUGUGAUCUGUGAUGAGGGGCACAUCCUUAAGAACGAGGCGUCCAACAUCUCCAAAGCUAUGAGUGCCAUUAAGACCAAACGGAGAGUGGUGCUGACAGGCACGCCACUGCAGAACAACCUCAAUGAGUACCACUGCAUGGUGAACUUCAUCAAGGAGAACCUUCUGGGCUCAAUCAAGGAGUUCCGGAAUCGGUUUAUCAACCCCAUUCAGAAUGGCCAGUGUGCAGACUCCACCCCCAGAGAUGUCCGCAUCAUGAAGAAUCGCGCCCAUGUCCUUCAUGCAAUGUUGGCGGGAUGUGUACAGAGGAGAGACUACUCAGCCUUGACCAAGUUCCUGCCCCCUAAACAUGAGUAUGUUAUGGCGGUUAGGGUGACCCCCCUCCAGUACAGACUGUAUCGCUACUACCUGGACAACUUCACUGGAGCAAGAUCCGUAGUUGAGGGAGCCAGGGGCAAGACUGGAACCAGCCUCUUUAAGGACUUCCAGAUACUCAGCCGAAUCUGGACGCAUCCCUGGUGUCUGCAGCUCAACUAUAUCAGUAAAGAAAAUAAGGGCCAUUUUGAUGGAAAGCACCAGGGGAAAGCUGAGAGUAAAGAGAAGGAGAACAAGGGAAAAUUGCGUAAUGCUGAUGAAAAAAGCAAUGAUGUGGAAGUGAUCAUGGUGUGGAACAGCUCAUCAAAGAGUGUCAAUGUGGAAGGAGACCAGCGAGCAGGUCCACUGGUUACAGUGGUAGAUGCGGUGAAAGCGUCCACCAGUUUCAGGCCUGACAGUCCAGCUGCUGACUGGUACAAGGAUAUGCUAAGUGAUUCAGACGCCACCAUCCUGGGACACUCAGGGAAGAUGGUGCUGCUGUUUGAGAUUCUCCGAAUGGCAGAGGAACUGGACGACAAACUGUUGGUGUUCAGUCAAUCCUUGAUCUCAUUAGACAUGAUUGAAGAUUUCUUGGACCUCGCUAACAAAGCCAAAGACAACGGACAAUCAUCCCUAUACAAAGGUGAUGGCAGCUGGAUCAGAAACAUUGACUAUUACCGUAUUGAUGGGUCCACCAGUGCCACAUCCAGGAAGAAAUGGGCUGAAGAGUUCAAUGAUGCCACCAAUGAGCGAGGUCGUCUGUUUCUCAUCUCGACAAGAGCUGGGUCCCUUGGGAUCAACCUGGUAGCAGCUAACAGGGUCAUAAUUUUUGACGCUUCGUGGAACCCCUCCUAUGACAUCCAGAGCAUCUUCAGGGUGUACCGUUUUGGCCAGCUGAAGGCAGUGUUUGUCUACCGCUUCUUGGCACAGGGUACCAUGGAGGAGAAGAUCUACGACCGGCAGGUGGCCAAGCAAUCUCUAUCGUUCCGGGUGGUGGACCAGCAGCAGAUACAGAGACACUUCACUCUGUUUGAACUGACAGAGCUUUACAUGUUUGGGCCAGACCUGCUGGAUGACCCCAACUCUGAGAAGAAGAGCAAGAGGAUCACACCCCUGCUGCCCAAGGACAUGGUCCUGGCAGAGCUGCUGCAGAUCUGUAAGGAGCAGAUUGUCCGCUACCAUGAACAUGAGUCCCUGCUAGACCACAAAGAGGAGGAGGAGCUCAGUGAGGCCGACCGCAAAGCUGCCUGGGCUGAGUACGAGGCAGAGGGUGCAUUCUUCUUGAACAAGGCAGCACACACCAGCACCAACGUUCCCAGCCCCUCCACCUCUCGUAUGGCCAACAGUCUGUCAUCCCUGUACAAGAAGACUAAUGAGCAGCUGAAGAACAUGAUUAAUGCCAGCCGUGACAAGGUCAGCGAGGCCAUCAAGUCCCUGCAUUCCUUAAAGAACCUCUCUGUGGAUGACUAUGUGUUGCGCUUGUGGCACGAUAACCCAAGUCUAGAUGAGAAGCAGGUGAAAGUCCUGGCCCAAACCUGGAAAACCAGCAAUGACAAGGAGCGGGAGCGAAGACUGGCCUUAUAUCAUGACCUUCUCUCAAAACAACAAUCACUUACAAUGUGCAUCCAGACCAUUUUGACCAGUAGAAAAAUUGAAGUGACACAGACUGCCACUGUCACCAAUCAGACACCAGCCUUGACAGACUCCGUUAAGAAACCCAUGCAGUGAGACAGGAGAGACGUCUCUAGCCUCAGUCCCGUUCCACUAGAGGACACUCUAGUCUAACCGCAGUAACUAUAGAGGGUACUUAAUCCCCCCCAAAGGGGUGAUAGAUGAAACAUUUCGGUUAAGGAUUUCCUUUAUUUUACAUUGAAAAUGAAUGUAUGUGGCGGCAGGUAGCCUAGUGGUUAGAGCGUUGGGCCAAUAACUGAAAGGUUGCUGGUUCGAAUCCCCUUCAUUAAUGGCUGAUCCCUAGCUGUGAACCCACUCUCCGWGGGUGUCUUAUGGGGAGUGGGAUAUGCAAAAAAAUCACUAUGUACAUGUGUGAAAUAGGACCCACCCUAUUAUUAUUAUGCUCUAUAGCAGGGGUAUUAAACCCUUACCCUACAAAGUCCAGAGCCUGCUGGUUUUCUAUUCUACCUGAUAAUUAAUUGCACGCACCUGGUGCGCCAGGUUCUAAAUCAGUCCCUGAUUAGACGAAACAAUAAAAACAAGCAGUGGAACUGGCUUUGAGGUCCAGAGUUGAGUUUGAGGAUUCUUUCGCAAAGAUAUUAUGUUAAAGGGGCAGUGCAGUAAAAAAAUUGAUUGAAAUUGUGAAAAUUAUUAUAAUGCCCUUUUAGUUUAAGAGCUUUUUGAAAGAAAACGCCUGGAAUUUCAGUCUGUUCAGGUGGGAUUGAGUUUUUGGUCCACAUGACAACACAAUCUGAUCUGAUUAUUCUGCCAAUAACCAAUCUUCUUUGCAUAUGUAUUCUCCUACUUUAAAAGGGUAAGCGGGGUAGGCUCCAGAGUGUAGACGAUCCUAUCCGUCAAUAAGGGCUGUGUAUGUAAAUAUAUUUAUAUUUGUAUCAACACACCCACACGAUCAGACUGAACAUUUCAAUGGCAAAAUGAGUCUCAGGGAAAUAAAUUAUACAAAAUAUAUUUUGGCGUUAUUUUCAUGAUAAACACAGUUAUUUAUUCCAUUUAAAAACUGCAUGGGGGCUUUAAAUAAAUAUUCUGCCUUGGAAAAGGUUUUCCUAUGUGAUUAAUGGUAUAAUUGUCUGUUUCUCUGAUGCUAUAAUAAAAAUCUGUUCAUUCG